AUUUCCGGUCAUUAACUGCGCUGCUUGACACAAGAUUUACACACUUUAAUUAGUAUGUGAUAUAUAUUGUAACCUGUUGCUGGUAGAUCAUUACGAGUAUCAUUGAAAUUGAAAUCGUGCCAAUUAUUACGCCAAAAAGACACGAAAGACAUUAUAAAGGCUACCCCUCCUAACUGAUCUAUAUAAUCUCACAUUGAACCACACACACACACACACACACACACACACACACAAAAUCUUAUUUGUACACAUUCAUUAAAGCAGCAGCAAAUUCUCUCCCGAAAAGAACUUAUUGCGUAUAUUAUAUUUUGCGUACACAUAUUUUCUGGUAUGUUUUUUUAUAUAAAAUUUUAAACAUUAUACAUAUAUGCAAAAUGAGCAGAUGUAAAAGUAUAAUCAACAAUCCAAAGCUCCUGGCAUUACACGGCAUUAUAUAGUUUCGUUUUGACGUCAGUUGCAGCGUGAGAUAUUAUAUUAAAGAAGCCAUUCCAAUAUGCGAAAUCAUAUGAUAAGGUAUUACAAAUGAUACAUACAUGUAUUACGUAUUCUAUACGCGUUAUUAUACAUGUAGAGAAUAAUAGUUGUACAUAUUAUAUCGAUGAAACAAUUAGAGAACAAAUCAAUUAUAUGUACGCCAAGAGGGUUGCAAGUAUGCCUUCUCCAUUGACAACUGCGAAGUACAUUUAAAAACUGACGUAUCGUGCAAUGCUUGCAAGGAAGAAUAUAAAAUGGGUAGACGGACCUAAUUCGGUUUCAUCAGGAAGUAAAUUUCAUGAAAAAUAUAAAACUCAUAUCCCGGACGGAUAUUCCGUGAAUGCGGACGGUGGGGUUUAAAAUAAAGUGCAAGCAAGCCUUCCAAGUCGUAUAUUUAGGGCGGCGCGCAAGCGCGAUCCGAUUAAAAGCUCUGAAGACUUGUAGUUUGAGCUUUACCGAAUUCUGCCUCGUGCUGCGAUUCUAGCAGACCGCGUGUGUAAUUUCUGCAUAUAGUAAUUUCUCUUGUUUUCAUCAGCGUGAAAUUCUCGUCCACGUUAGAAAACGUCAAAGUGCAUGACUCGAAAAUUCUGAUCCAGCGUCCAAAAAAAGUUCGUGAAACAUUAUACGCCAAAAUAAAUUCCGAUAUGAUACGGUGACGAUUAAUCAAAGAGCAGGAAAUGAAGGUGACCCCGAAUUAAAAUAGUAACAAACUGUGGAAAAGUAAAUAGCUAAGUCGGCAUAAUUCGCACGCGUGAAAGAAAUCUGCGGAAGCCAGAGCGAAACGGUCGAACGCUCUCUUCUUCUGAUCUAACAUUGAAAGAGGAGCAGCAUCAUGGAUCUCGGUGGUGUGGAUGUUUGGGGUCAGAUCGCCCUGGAAACGUCUCAGAUGUACGUUUCCGAGGGUGCUGCUGCAAAGAGCCGUACUACAAUAGAAAAGCUACCGGACAAGGUCCUCUUGAAUAUCUUCAGCUAUCUCUCUCAUCGCGAGAUAUGCAGGGUUGCUCGCGUUUGCAAACGCUGGCGACAAAUCGCGUAUGAUACGCGUCUUUGGAAGCAUGUGUCUCUAAGGCCAGAAAUAAGCGGGCUUCAUGUGAGCUCUUUGGAGAAUCUACUGCACUUAAUCAGCGUACGUUUUGGAGCUUCCUUACGAUACAUUGAAUUACCGAUCGAAUUGAUUACACAUACCGUAUUGCACGAAUUAGCUAACAAGUGUCCCAAUUUGACACACAUGUUAUUGGAUUUUUCAACUGCCAUGCAACUACACGACUUCUCGGAGAUGCAAGCGUUUCCCACGAAGCUGAAGUAUAUGUGUAUUUGCUUAUCGGAAGUCAUUUUCAUGGAAGGAUUUAUGCGAAAAAUUUACAAUUUCAUUAACGGACUUGAGAUCCUUCAUUUAAUCGGAACAUAUGAAAAAGUUGAGGAAGAAGAAGAGGAGAUCUACGAGGUGAUCAAUGUGCACAAACUCAAAUCAGCUACGCCGAAUUUAAGAGUGAUUAAUUUGUAUGGAAUCAACUUUGUGGAUGAUUCGCAUAUCGAUGCCUUCUCCUCCAAUUGCAUUCAACUGGAGUGUUUAGCCGUGAAUUUCUGCGCCAAAGUAACCGGUUCGACCAUGAAGACUCUUUUCCAAAGAAGCAGAAGACUGAGAUGUCUUCUUAUGCAAGGGACAAAUCUGCAGAGCGAAUACGUAAAGGAAGUUGAAUGGGAGAAAUCCAGCGUUCUGGAGCUCGACGUUACUGCUACCGAUUUGUCAACGGAGUGCCUUAUCGACAUGCUGACUAGAAUCCCCGGGCUUCGUUUUCUAAGCGCCGGCCAACUAAACGGCUUCAAUGACAGUGUAAUAAAGGCCUGGACAGAGGUCGGAAAUCCGCGAAACUUGAUAGCACUGGAUCUGGAUAGCUCUGAUAAUCUAACUGACGAUGCAUUGCACAAGUUCCUUUCGAGGCAUGGUCAUCAGUUGUACGGUCUUGCAUUGUCAGGCAUGCCACAUAUCACGGAUCAACUGUGGCAGAGUGUUCUACCAAUUCUCACCAAUGCGAAAAUACUUAUAAUGGGUACUCAAGAGAGACUUGGCGUCAACAUUCAUGUAGAUCAGCUGAUGGACGGAAUUGCUAAUAAUUGUCCGCAUUUAGAACGUUUGGAAUUGCGAUGGGAUCCAGAAAAUUUACGAUUUUCUGACAAAAGCCAAAAGGCUAUAGAUAUCCUCCGUGUAAAAUGCAUCAAACUAAGAUGUUUAAGUUUAAGCGAUGGGAGAUACUAUGAAAUCGUCAAAGCCAAUUUUGAGCGAGCCGAUAGACUGACAGUCGUUAGAACAACCACUUGUUGCAGAGUGUCAAAUUACUACCUUCUACAAAACUACAAGGAUCUAAUUUUCAAUUAAGAAAAAUUCAUAGAUUCUUCAGAUUCUUUUACAAGUGUUAUUGCGAGCUUAUCGAUCAAUUAGACGAAUGUCUUCGAUCUUUAUGACAGUAUUAAUGUAAACAACCGUGAUAAAAGGAUCAAAUAGAAUUCAUGUUGUAUAACGACAAAAUAUAAUUUAUUAUCGCAAGUGCUAAA